CUGCAAAACUUGACGGGCUCCCAACUUCACACACACUUUCACUACAGAGGAGGACAACACACCACAUAAGCUGCCAAUGCUGCGGACUGGGAGAUGUUGGAAAUGUCGAGGAUAAUCUGUAUUAUGACCACCAUAGCACUGUGGUGUCCCGUCUGGACUCAGCUUCCAGAGCUCGCAGAUGUUUGCACAGAGGGCAGCUGCUAUCCAGCCACCGGUGACCUGCUGAUCGGCCGAGCCCAUAAACUGACCGCCUCGUCCACUUGUGGUCUUGAGGAACCAGAGAACUUUUGUAUUGUUGGACAUCUGGAGGAGGAGAAGAAAUGCUUUACAUGCGACUCCCGACAGAUGUAUGAUGAGGAGAAUAACCAAAUCAGCCACACCAUCGAGAACGUAGUCACAACGUUUGCCCCAAACCGCCUGAAGACCUGGUGGCAGUCAGUCAACGGUGUGGAGAAUGUGACCAUCCAGCUGGACUUGGAGGCUGAGUUCCAUUUCACACACCUUAUCAUGACCUUCAAGACUUUCCGACCCGCUGCAAUGGUAAUAGAGCGGUCCAUGGACUUCGGGAAGACGUGGCAGGUGUACCGCUACUUUGCAUACGACUGUGAGUCUACGUUCCCUGACGUGUACUUCGGGCCGAUGGAGAAAGUAGAUGACAUCCUCUGUGACAGCCAUUACUCUGACAUCGAGCCCUCCACCGAGGGCGAGGUCAUAUUCAGAGUGUUGGACCCCGCCUUUGAGAUUGAAGAUCCAUACAGCCUGAGGAUACAAAAUAUGCUGAAGAUCACUAACCUGAAGGUGAACUUCCUCAAGCUCCACACACUGGGAGACAAUCUGCUGGACUCUCGCAGGGAAGUGACGGAGAAGUACUACUACGCCCUCUACGACAUGGUUGUCCGUGGCAACUGCUUCUGUUACGGCCAUGCCUCCGAGUGCGCCCCCAUCGAUGGAGCCCCGACAGGAGCGGAGGGAAUGGUGCAUGGACGCUGUGUUUGCAACCACAACACUAAGGGGCUGAACUGUGAGCGCUGUCAGGACUUCUACCAUGAUUUGCCUUGGAGACCAGCAGAGGGGCGAAAUACCCACGCCUGCAAGAGAUGCGAGUGCAACCAGCACUCCUCUUCCUGUCACUUUGACAUGGCUGUGUACAAAACGACGGGAAAUGUGAGCGGAGGAGUUUGUGACAACUGUCAGCACAACACGGUGGGACGGCAGUGUGAGCAGUGCGCACCCUUCUUCUACCAGCACCCCAACAGAGACAUCAGGGACCCCAACAUCUGCCAACCUUGUAGCUGUGACCCGGAGGGGUCACUUCAGGGGGGUAUGUGUGACUCAAGGACGGAUGUGAUGGCUGGACUGAUCUCAGGCCAGUGUCGCUGCAAGGGCAACGUGGAGGGAGAGCGGUGUGACCACUGCAGACAGGGGCACUACGGCCUGGGUCAAGGACCACAAGGAUGUCUCGCUUGUUCGUGUAACCCGUUGGGCACACUGCCCAGAGGAAACCCAUGUGACCCUGACUCAGGAAGGUGCUACUGUAAACGUCUGGUGGAGGGACACAACUGUGACCAGUGUCUGCCACAACACUGGGGUCUUUCCAACAGCAUGGACGGAUGUCUACCAUGUGACUGUGACCUGGGCGGGGCUGUCAACAAUGACUGCGAUCCUCAAUCUGGACAGUGUGUGUGUCGAGAACACAUGUUUGGACGUCGCUGUGACCAAAUAGAGUCUGGAUUCUACUUCAUCGCUUUGGACCACUACACCUACGAGGCAGAGGACGCCAAGCAUGGACCAGGUGUGACACUGGUUCAGAGGCCGUACCCCUUUGACCGCAGUCCCACAUGGACUGGUUUGGGGUUUGUCAAUGUCCCAGAAGGAGCUUAUUUAGAGUUCCACAUCAACAACAUCCCAGAGUCCAUGGACUACGACAUCCUAGUCCGCUAUGAGCCUCAGCUGCCAGAACAAUGGGAGCAGGUCAAUGUCCGAAUCCAACGUCCAGUCUUCAAUCCGCCGGACUACUCCAGCCACUGCGGCGACUCGACUCAGAUUGGAGAUGAUCAGAGAAUCUCUCUGCCUCCAGGCUCCAGGCACGUACAGCUAGCUGCACCUGUGUGCUUCGAGAAAGGACUCAACUACACCGUUCGCCUCAGUCUGCCACUCUACUCUUCGCUCAGCGAAAUGCGGAGCCCGUACACACUCAUCGACUCGUUGGUACUGAUCCCGAGAGUCAGAGAGAUGAACAUGUUUACGGGGGUGGAUGGUGAUGGAGCUUGGGACACGUUCCAGCGUUACCGUUGUCUGGAGAGCAGCCAGAGUGUCGUGAAGAGUCCCAUGACUGACAUCUGUCACGACUACAUCUUCAGUGUGUCUGCUCUACUGCACAAGGGAGCCAUGGUGUGCGAGUGUGACCCUCAGGGCUCACUCAGUACGAUCUGUGAGCCCAGUGGAGGUCAGUGUCAGUGCAAACCCCAUGUAGUGGGCAGGAACUGUGACCACUGCGCUCCAGCCACUUUCCUGUUCAGCCCAGUUGGCUGCAGAGCUUGUGAGUGCGAUCCUCGAGGAUCGCUGAGCAUCUUCUGCCAUGAAGCCACAGGCCAGUGUCCGUGUGUGUCCGGGGCCACUGGCCGUCAGUGUUCCCACUGUCUGCCGGGAUUCUGGGGUUUCCCUCACUGCAGACGGUGCCAGUGCAACGGCCACAGCGAGUACUGCCACCCACAGACUGGAGAGUGUCAGGGCUGCAGGGACUUCACCACCGGACACCAGUGUGAGAGGUGUCUUGAUGGUUACCAUGGUGACCCAGAGUUGGGUUCAGGAGGCCACUGUCGCCCCUGCAUGUGUCCUGAUGGUCCCCGCAGUGGACGCCAGUUUGCUGAUAGUUGUUACCAACACUCCGACCAGGUUGUGUGCGUGUGCAGCUCAGGAUACAAGGGUGCCCGCUGUGAUGAGUGCUCACCUGGUUACUAUGGGAACCCCAAGGUGCCUGGUGGGCGCUGUCAGCGCUGCCAGUGUAACAACAACAUUAACAUGCAGGACCCCGACUCAUGUGACAUCAUCACCGGUGCCUGCCUCAAGUGUCUGCACCACACUGAGGGCUACAGCUGUCAGAAGUGCAAGAAGGGUUACUAUGGCAACGCUGCCACUCAGAGCUGCAGAAAGUGCAUGUGUCACGCUGUGGGCACAUCUCUGCAAUCCUGCUCAUCUCCAGACGAGUGUGAGUGUGACAGACAAAGUGGUCAGUGCCCCUGCCUGCCCAACGUGUUGGGCCUGAACUGUGAUCGCUGUGCUCCGGACACCUGGAAUAUAACCAGCGGGACAGGCUGCCAAAACUGUGACUGUGAUCCCAUACACUCAUUCGGGCCCUCCUGCGACGUGAUGACUGGACAGUGCUCCUGCAGACCAGGCUUUGGCGGUCGGACGUGUCGGGAAUGUAAAGAGCUGUUCUGGGGAGAUCCUGAGGUCAAAUGUUACGCCUGUGACUGCGACCCUCGUGGAAUCUCCAGCGAGCAGUGCCACCGUGCCACCGGGCAGUGCACCUGUGCAGAGGGCGUGUCCGGCCGCCACUGUGACCAGUGCGCCCGCGGCUACAUGGGAGAGUUCCCUGCCUGCAAACCAUGCCACCAGUGCUUCGCCAACUGGGACGCUGUGGUGGGGGAACUGACCAGUCAGACUCAGCGACUUCAGACUCAGGUGACUCACCUGCAGACCAGUGGUGUGACGGCACCGUACAAAGAAAUAGUCACCAGCUUGGAGGAGAACACAAACGCUGUCAGGGAGAUACUGGAAAGCAACCCGGCGGGAGGGAAGCUGAUGCAGGUCCAGGAUGUGAUGCAGCAGAUCACAGAUGUGAUGUCGCACCUGAACAAGAAGCUGAAUUCGACGGAGGACGUGCUGGACUCCCUUCAUGGUGAAGUCAACAUGACAGACACCAACUUGGAUGAGCUCGCAGAGGAGGCGAGUCAGCUGGAGAGCAGCGUCCAGGAGCUGCAGCAGCAGGUCUUUGAUGCCAAGAACUCCAACUUCCAGGGAGCCAUGGACACCAUCGCAGCUGCACACGCAGACUCACUGAAUGCUGAGCUUCGCGCCAACGCCUCCACCACCGACCCUGGCAGCACGGUAGAGCAGUCGGCCUCGGUGCGAAAAGCCACCGAGGACAAAAUGAGCAGCAGCCAGAAGGACUUUGACCGCAAGAAUCAGAGAAACGCACAGAAGCUGGACAAACUUGAGCAGGAGCUGGAGGACUUUGAUCUCUCGCCACUCAGCAAGAUGACGUGUGGUGCUUCCUCUGAUGGCGGCGGCUGCUCCGAGUCCUGCGGUGGCCUGGGUUGUGUCGGCGAGGACGGGUCACCUCAUUGUGGUGGAGAAGGGUGUACAGGACUCACUACAACGUCCCAGGCGUCUCUCAUGUCUGCCAAGGAUCUGGAGCGGGAAAUACAGAAGGCCAUGCAGGAGGUGGACAAGCUCUCGAGGAUGGUGUGGGAGGCCUCCACCCGAGCCAGAGAGGCUAAAGCCAGCGCCAUGGAGGUUCUGGUGAAGUCCAAUCGCAGCAAAGAACGAGUGGAGAAGAACAACGAGCAGCUGCGAAGCCUCAUUAAAGACAUUCGAGACUUGCUGACCAAUGAGAAGGCGGACGCGUCGGUGAUCGAGGCAGUGGCCAAUGAGGUCCUGGCACUGGAGAUGCCCACCUCCUCGGAGAAACUGCAGGAACUGACCCAAGAGAUCCGGGACAAAGUGGGCGCUCUAACAAGCGUGGAAGCCAUCCUGACCCAGAGCGCGCACGACAUCCAGGCGGCCGAGGCGCUGCUGAAGGAGGCCCAGGCCGCCAGUAAGGAGGGGGCUGCAGUGAUGGAUACGGCAGAGUCAGUAAAGGCUGCACUGGAUGAGACGGAGCGUGCUCAGACUGUUGCGAUGGAAGCCAUCCAGCUGGCCCAGAACAACACCAAAGGAACCCAGGAGCUGUUGAACUCUGUGGAGUCAGAGACGGCCGCCUCCGAGCUGAAGCUGGGAAACACGACAGGUCGUCUGGUUCAGCUGGAGCGGGAGGUCGGCCUGCUGCGUCAGAACAUGCUGGAGAUGGACGAGCUGGUGGACACUGCAGACUGGACUUCGGAGCAGGCCAAGACGGCUGCUGAAGAUGCCCAGCAGGAGUUUGAUCUGGAGGUGAAGGACAAAUUUGAGGAGGUGAAGGACCUAGUUGAGGAUGGAGGAGAGGCAGUGCUGCAGGCCAGGAGGAGAGCAGAGAAGCUGCAGCAGGAGGCUGUGCAGCUGCUAGAGCAGAGCAGCGCCAAGCUACAGACACUCAAAGAGUUGGAGAAUUCCUACGCUAACAACCAGCUCGUCCUGGAGACCAAAGCUGCCGAACUGGCUGAGCUGGAGAAGAUGGCACAGAAGGUUCUGGAGGAGAUCAGCUACAAGGUGACACUGUACAGCACCUGUGCCUGAUGAAACAGGCUUGUGGCAGCAAACAGCAACAGCCUGAGAGGCAGUUUCCUGCAGCCAGGAGAGAAGCUGUCAAUCAUGGAAACCACUAGAAGCCAGUGUGACCUCAUGGUGAAACCCCAAACAUAAGCUACGGUCGCAAUGAUCUGGACCAAAAAGUAAAACAUGACCAAACUUAACUGUAUUAAAUCUGUCAUUUAUGUUUAAAUUUAAAAAAACUGCUCAAGAAAUACCUUUGAAUUUAGCGGUUUGAUGAAGAAUGAGAUUAAAAUGCAUUUAAAUUCCUGUUUUUUUUUUGUAUUAAUGUUGAACAUCUGUCCUGGGAAUUUAAUAAAGCAAGACA